AUGGAGAAAUCCUCAAACUAUCACAUUUCCUCUAGCUCGCAAUCGCCAGAGUAUUGCCCCGUCGACUUCAACGAUGUACACAAGAUCGAGUUGAACAAGGCAGCGGAUGAUUCCGGCGACAUCCCCACGGCCGAGGAAUAUGGUUAUGUCUGUCGAGGUCUCAAAUCCCGCCAUAUCCACUUCAUCGCCCUCGGUGGUAGCAUCAGUACUGGUCUCUUCUUGGGCAUCGGUCGUGCCUUCCUCCAAGCCGGUCCUCUGUCGGCCCUGCUUGGAUACACCUUUACCGGUCUGGCCUCGUCUGCGGCAUGA